GUCUGCCGCAAGUUCCACUGGGAAGAUGGCGGGUGAAACUGGUUGGAUUAUUGCGGUUUGCCAGAUAUGAGUUUUAUGUCAAUAUCCAAAAUUCGUCGCUGCUGUUAAUUGUGCUAAAAGCUCGGCGGCGUUGUUGAAGCGACGCGGGCGAGGAGGCGAUGUCUGCCGAAGUUCUCAGACCCGGGCCGGUGGCCGGUGGAGGCAGCAAGCUAGGUGAGCUGAUCGGGAAGCUCCAUGAGUAUCUGGCAGCAGCCACGGAAGACCAGACUGAAGCUACUUUACCUGGACACUGGAAUGGAGCCACGGCCAAAGAAUACUUGGAGCGGCAGGCACGUGCCCAGUCCAGUGGCGCCUCAGAAGUGGGAAUGCUGUCAUCUCGUUCAAGAAGGAAACCGGCUGUUGUCACCAAGCACAGCGGGAUGAACGAGUCGGACGCUUCGUCUGAGAGUGGAGCAGAAGAUGUAAUGUCUGUGCACUCCAGCGACCCAGACACCAACGUUCUUCCAAAAGGAACGGUGUUUGUGUUGCCGGAGCCGGUGGGUAAUGAAACUCGUGAUGAUUUCCGUGGUCCAGAAUUCCGCAGUCGACGCGUUCACAAGCAGCACAGAGAAGGUGGUGACAGACGCAGAGGAGGAUAUGAGAUAGAGAGGGUGAACUGCACAGCGUGUGGUCAGCAGGUGAAUCAUUUCCAACGCGACUCAGUCUACAGGCAUCCUAUGCUCAAUGUCCUCAUCUGCAAGAAUUGUUUUAAGUAUUAUAUGAGUGAUGACAUCAGCAAAGACUCAGAGGGGAUGGACGAGCAAUGCAGGUGGUGUGCAGAAGGAGGCAGCCUAAUUGGCUGUGAUUACUGCAGUAAUGCCUUCUGUAAGAAAUGUGUUCUGCGUAACCUGGGGAGGAAGGAGCUGUCCACCAUCCUGGAGGAGGAGAGGAAGUGGUACUGUUAUGUGUGCAGUCCCGAGCCAUUGGUGGAGCUGGUUUUGGCCUGUGAUGCAGUUCUAGAGAACCUGGAGCAGGCUCAGAAACGAGCCUCCCGUACUGAGCCAAACUCGGUCCGGGGCAGGGCUAAUAAGGGUGGUCGUGGAUCGGCCUAUCUGAUGGGGCCAGGAGGCGGCCCAGUGCCCUCUGCAGGCCUUUACCAGCGAAUGCAGCGGUUUGUAGAUGUUACCACAUCUCUGAGCCAUUCCUUCAAGGCAGUUGUUCAAAGCGAAAGAGAGGAGGAAGUAAACCAAGAAGAGAGAAUUGGGCAGCUAAGAAUGUUCCGCACUGUGCUGGAUGAUCUGCAAGCCGCCAACAGUGCAUUACAGGAAGCCCUGGACCAUGAGCUGACUGGGGGUCCUGGGUUGGCUGUGGUGGAUUUGGUGGUUGGUGUUUCUCCUGUACCGGUCAGCCCACAACCCAUCAGCAGAACAUGUCUUUCCAUUCAUCCAUCACCUGAGAGACAAACGAUAAACAGUGAGGUGACAGAUGCAGCACUGGAAGAAAGAGAGACAAUGGUGGAGAUAGAGAAGGGGAUGGAAAUGGAGGAAAUGACAGAGAGAGGAGAAGAUGUGGAAAAUGAUUGUGUUAAUAAUGAUGAGGAAGAGGAGGAGGAGGAGGAAGAAGAUGAGGAGGACGAGGACCAAACUGAUGCCAAAAAUAUGUCUUUAUCAGAGGAGAAUAAACGAUCUCCACGUGUGAAAACCACACCACGUCGGCGGCGGACGAACCCGAGCACCCCAGCUGAGCACGCCGGUUCAGCUGAGGAUGACUCUGACUCUGACGAGGUGCCUGAAGUGCUGCUCCAGACUGCCGCUGCCAUGGCAAACAGCGAGGAAGAGGGUUUGGUAGGUGGCAGUUGGGAUGGGGAUGGGGACGAGGUAAACCAGCAAGUCAGAAAGCAGCGUCUCUUUGGACUGGUAAAAACGACACCUCCGGACAGAGGCUCUCGUAAGCGGAAUCUCAAAGAGAGAUCUUCAUCGUCCUCAUCGUCCUCCUCUGCGUCUUCAAGGAGGGGCUCACAGGACCAGGGGUCAGCUGUCAGAAUGACCAGGGGAAGGGACCGCAAAGUUGCCAGGGUGACGGGACAGAGUGGGAGUUCAUCAAGUGAGGUGGGAGGACAGGAACUGGAGAGUGGGCCGAGCAGCGACUCUGACGAUCAGAGGAUCAAGCCACUGACAGGGGACGUCACGUUGCUGGGCUCUGGAAAUUUCCAGCAGUCUUCCGGUGAUGAGAUGGACAUCCAGCCAGGUCCGUCUUUGUCUGUGGAGGACGAUGAUUUAGAAAAUAGAAUUGCGAAGAAGAUUCUGCUGGCUCAGAUCAGAGCUAACCUCUCCUCAGCGUCCGAGCAGGAUGCCAGCUCUGAUGAGCAAUCAGAGAGCACGAGAGAAGAGCAGAAGAAGAACAAGAACAUUGACAGAACAUCAGAGACAACAGAAGAGGAAGAUAAUGAUGACUCAGAUUGCAGCGGGUCGCAGUCAGGGUCACGGCACCGGCACCGAUUGCUGCGACAUGGUCUUACCUUAUCAGAGGCUGAAGCAAAAAGUCAAAAGCAAGAGGUGAAGAAACCUAAGAAAAGAGAAGUCAAAGAUUUAGAAUGUGUUAUUGUGAGUAGUGAUGAAACGAGCGAAACGAGUGUAUCGAGUGGCGUGUAUGAAGAACUCAGCCAUUCAGAGUGUGAGGAAAUAGGGUCCCAGUCGCCCACUCAUAAUGAGAAGUGUCAGAGUCCGUCACGCACACCUGACAGGAGCAGCACUGCUGAUAAUGAUGUCUCUCCAACCACUGAUGAGCAUUUGAGGGGCACCCCGCGAGGGCGGAGGCAGAUCAGACCGCUCCUAGAGGUGGGUCAGCUGGCCCAGGAGACACAGAGCGCUCUGAAAGAAGAGGAGGAGCGCAGGAGGAGAUUAGCAGAGAGAGAAAAACUGAGGCUAGAAAUUGAGAGGAGAGAACGAGAAGACGCAGACCCAGAGGUCAUAUUAGUGUCCGAGAAACCGGCUCAAAGCUUCACACCAUUGGUUCUCGAGCAAGAUGAUGUAACGCAUAAGCCUGUGCUGCAAGUGCACUUGCACUUUCUGAGCAAACUCAAACCACACCAGCAAGAGGGUGUGCGCUUCAUGUGGGACUGCUGCUGUGAGUCUGUUCAGAGUGUGAAGACGACUCCAGGCUCUGGCUGUAUUCUGGCCCACUGCAUGGGUCUGGGAAAGACCUUUCAGGUCAUUGUGUUCCUUCACACAGUGCUGCUAUGUAAAGAGCUGCCACUGAAAAGGGCUCUGGUGGUGUGUCCUCUCAACACAGUGCUGAACUGGAGGAGUGAGUUUGACCAGUGGCAGAGGGGCUUGAGGCCAAACAUACUGUGGGUGGCAGAGCUGGCCACGGUGAAGUCUGUGAGCGUUCGUGUUGAGCUCAUGAAUGACUGGUUUACGAAUGGUGGUGUGAUGAUCAUGGGCUAUGAGGUUUUUCGUAUACUGACACACACAGAUAGCGCGAAAUACAGCAAACACAAAGAAGCCUUCCGCUCAAUGCUCCUGGAUCCAGGCCCUGAUCUGGUGGUGUGUGACGAGGGUCAUAUCCUUAGGAAUGCAGACUCCAGCAUCUCAAAAGCCAUGCGAGCUCUACGUACACGUAGGAGAAUCAUACUGACAGGAACACCACUUCAAAACAACCUUACCGAGUAUCACUGCAUGGUGAACUUCAUUAAGGAGAACCUGCUGGGUUCUCUAAAGGAGUUCCGGAACCGUUUUAUAAAUCCGAUCCAGAAUGGUCAGUGUGCAGACUCCACCCCUGCUGAUGUCAGACUGAUGAAGAAUAGAUCGCACGUCCUCCAUCAGAUGAUGUCAGGAUUCAUACAGAGACGGGACUACUCAGUCUUGAUGUCCUGUUUGCCGCCAAAACACGAGUAUGUGCUGUUAGUUCGGAUGACGCCCCUGCAGUGUCGGUUAUACACACACUAUCUGCAGAACUACACAGGGAAAGGAGCAGGUGUGAACAGUUUGUUUCAGGACCUUCAUGUUCUGAGUUUGAUAUGGACUCAUCCCUGGUGUCUUAAACUUGCUCAGUUGAGCAGGAAUAAGGGGAAAGAGGAAGAGCCUGCUCCUGUCUUCACAGGUCUGGGUGCAGGUUUGGUCAGCAAUUCUGUAAAUCCAAAUGAAUCUGAAAGGAGGGAUGCAACAAGCACAGGUUUAGUGGGUGAUGGAGAGAGAAAUACUGAUCCAGUCUCCUUGGGCAGCAGGUCCAAUCAAAAUCCACAGAAUCCAGAUGUCACAAACCCAGCCACAAUGGAAAUUUCUGGCAGGGAAGCUGGAUUUGUUGUGGGUAACGGGCCAUCUGCCGACUGGUAUCUGCCAUUUAUAACAGCAGCUGAUGCCAAAGUGCUGGAGCAUUCUGGGAAAUUGCAAUUGCUACUGGAGAUUUUACACUGGGCAGAGGAACUACAGGACAAAGUGUUGGUGUUCAGUCAGUCUCUGAUAUCGCUGGACCUUAUUGAGAGUUUCCUCCUAUAUGCAGAUGAGACCAGGGGGGAAAAAUGUUGUCCAUACAAAGGAGAGAAAACAUGGGUUAAAAAUAAAGAUUAUUAUCGUUUGGACGGCAACACCAGUGCUUGUGCUCGCAAGAGAUGGGCUCAAGAGUUUAACAACACUAAAAACAUAAGAGGAAGGUUGUUUCUGAUCUCCACUCGUGCGGGGUCUCUGGGAAUCAAUCUGGUCGCUGCAAACCGGGUCGUGGUGUUUGACGCUUGCUGGAAUCCGUCAUAUGACAUCCAGAGCAUCUUCAGAGUCUAUCGCUUUGGGCAGAAAAAAACAGUAUAUGUGUACCGUUUUCUGGCCCAGGGGACCAUGGAACAGAACAUUUAUGAGCGGCAAGUUGCUAAACAGUCACUGUCCUCUCGUGUUCUGGACCAGCAGCAGAUUCAGAGACACUUCACACACAGUCAGCUGAAUGAGCUGUACCACUUCCAGCCAAACCUACGGCCCAGUAAACACACAGAAACGCCUGUGGAUGACCUGUUGGCUCAGCUGCUGCAGAGCUGUGGGCAGCUCAUAGUAAGUUAUCAUGAGCACAACUCAUUGUUAGGCCACCGGGAGGAAGAGGAGCUGAGUGAGGAAGAGCGCAGAGCAGCCUGGGAUGAAUACCGUGCAGAAAAGAAGGCCUCUAUACAGAACUCCAAUGACCUCAUCCACACAAACGCCAACCAGGCAGUACAGCAGGCUCUGGCUUCUCUAAACUUAGCCUAUACAACCAAGAGUGUUCCUUCACCUGCUUCAUCACAUAUGAAACAAGGCAAUGCUGAAGGUUCUGCUGCUUGGGUCACUUAUAACAACUCCAACACCACAUUUCGACCACCCAAUGUGGUUUUCUCAGUUCCAAGAACAAACACAUAAACCGAUCCCCCUCUCCUCCUAAAACUUGGACCUGAUAUGAAUAAGCUGCUGUAAAUAUCGGCAAUAUGAAUGUAGUUUUAACAUUAGAGCACUGGAUGGACUCACAAGAUGACGUUGAGGCACACAUGUGCUUGGAAACCUCAAAGCAACUGUGGUGUUGUCAGAAUUUCUACUAUGUAAAUUUGAACCAUAAAGCAAAACCAAUUCCUUACUGUAUUGAACGGUGUGUCUGAGAACUUCUGCGUUUCUAGCUACCUCAAAACCAGUAGGAGUAUGAAGAGAAUCCUCCGCACAAGUAUGUGCUUUUGGACACAAUGUGGGUUCAGUAGCCUGUAUACUGUAAAGCCUGUUGCCAGGUUUGUUGCUAAUACGUUUUGUUUAAAGAUUAAAAAUAAAAAUUUCUUCAUUCAAGUUU